UUGCUAUUAUACCAAAAAAUGUUGAUAAAACUGAUAAUUAUUCUUCUUUAAUUACUCAUGAAUUUUAUAAAACAAUUGAUAUUUUUAGAUUACCUGACCUCUCAAUUUUAGAUUCUAAAAACGAUAUUCAUCUUGUAGUGUUAACACAUGGACUUAAUGGUUCAAUCCUGGAUGAAUUAUAUUUAAGGGAAACUAUUCAAGAAAGGUAUUCAAAUAAUAAUAAAAUAGUUGUAUAUGCUUCAGAUGUAAAUCAUUCUCUCACUGAGGAAGGUAUAGAAAAAUGUAGUAAAAGAUUAGCUAAUCAUCUAUUAAAAUAUAUUGGAUGGAAUACAUCUCAUAAACCUUUUAUUUCGAAAAUUUCGAUGAUCGGUCAUUCUUUAGGUGUAUUAUUUAAUUUAUUUGUUGCAGGUUAUUUACAAAGUGUUACAAAUGGAACUUUCUUCGAAAAAAUAGAACCGAUUCAUUUUAUUGCUUUUGCAAGUCCUUUACUCGGUUCAACACAAUUAGCUUGGUAUAUUAAAAUUCCAAUGAAAUUAGGUUUAUUAGGUAAAACUGGUAAAGAACUGAUUUUAAAAAAACGUAAAACAGAUCAAGAACCUUUACUCUUAUCCAUAUCCCAACUUCUCCAUCUCAUAUAGCACUCAUGAAAUUUCGUAAUCGUACAUUAUAUUCGAAUGUUGUUAAUGAUAAUUUAGUUUUAUUAAAAACUUCUUCGCUUUAUUUUGUCGAUCUCGAUGAAGAUGAUAUAAUCAAAAUAGGAAUAAGAGAGAAUUUAAAAUUUUUUUUUGCAUCUCUUAAUCCUCCAAAGAUCACAGAAGAUUAUCUUACCAGAUCUUUUUCUGGUAUCUCACCCAUAAUUCAUGACAAAGUUUAUACACCUGAAGAUAUACCUCCUCCUAGUCUUCAGAACAAUUUAUCGAUUGAAGAAAAAAUAGCUAGAAAUUGGCAUAAAGAUAUGACUUGGAGAAAAAUUUUAGUGCGUAUAGAAGGUGAAGCUCAUAUGACCGUAAUUGUAAGGAGAA